CUCUUUACUCUAUUCCUCUUCUCCCCCCACGCCCCCACCUCUCCGCUCUCACUCUCCAUCUCUCAUCUCACCCCCUAACGGCCCUUUUUGUCUCUCUACAUCUUUCUUUUCGCGGAUUUUUAUUGUCUAUAUUGGGUUUUAAGCAUAUCUGCUGCUUAAGCCUCUCAAUCCUCUGUGUGCAACCCACAAGGGAAAAACCUUGGUAAAACCCAGACUGCGAUGGAGGAGAAUAGCACAGCAAGUAAUGUGGCUCGAGCCAUUGUGGCUGCCCUUGACUGGAGCUCCUCCCCCGAUGCCAGAAAAGCCGCUGUUUCUUACUUAGAAUCUAUAAAAGCAGGGGAUAUACGUGUCUUGGCAAGUACUUCCUUCCUUUUAGUCAAGAAGGAUUGGUCUUCUGAGAUUCGGUUACAUGCGUUCAAAAUGUUACAGCAUUUGGUUCGGUUGCGAUGGGAGGAAUUAAACUCCACUGAAAGAAGAAACUUUGCAAAUCUUGCUGUUGAUUUGAUGUCAGAGAUUGCAAAUCCUUGUGAAGAGUGGGCUUUAAAAAGUCAGACAGCUGCUCUUGUUGCUGAGAUAGUUAGGAGAGAAGGCCUUAGUCUUUGGCAAGAGCUGCUACCAUCCCUAGUUUCCCUAUCCAACAAUGGUCCUAUACAAGCUGAGUUGGUUGCAAUGAUGCUAAGGUGGCUUCCUGAAGAUAUCACAGUUCAUAAUGAAGAUUUAGAAGGUGAUAGGCGAAGGCUAUUGUUGCGUGGGCUUACCCAGUCUUUGUCUGAAAUUUUGCCAAUGUUGUAUACUUUCCUAGAAAGACACUUUGGAGCGGCAUUGAAUGAAGUGGGUAGGCAACAAUUGGAUGCUGCAAAACAGCAUGCUGCAACAGUCACAGCUACUUUAAAUGCUGUUAAUGCAUAUGCUGAAUGGGCUCCUUUAUCUGAUCUUGCAAAAUAUGGCAUUAUUCAUGGGUGUGGUUUCUUACUUUCUUCUCCUGACUUCCGUCUUCAUGCCUGUGAGUUUUUCAAACUUGUCUCUUCAAGGAAGAGACCUGUUGAUUCCUCUUCUUCUGAAUUUGAUUCUGCAAUGAGUAAUAUCUUUCAGAUCCUGAUGAAUGUCUCUAGAGAUUUCUUAUAUAAGUCUACUUCCAGUGGUGUGGUUAUUGAUGAAAGUGAAUUUGAGUUUGCGGAAUAUAUAUGUGAGAGUAUGGUGUCUCUAGGUUCUUCGAACUUGCAAUGUAUCACUGGGGACAGCACUAUUCUUUCUCAUUAUCUUCAACAGAUGCUGGGAUACUUCCAACAUGUUAAGCUGACACUUCAUUACCAAUCGCUGCCCUUUUGGCUGGCAUUAAUGAGAGAUUUAGUGUCCAAGCCAAAGAUUGUUGCACCUGCAGCUGGAGAUGGUUCAGUUGAUAAUAAUCCAGGCUCUGGUUCUGGACAGGUUGAUAAUGAAAAGAGAAAGCUUCAAAGUUUUGUUAAUGAUGAUAUUUGCGGUACUAUGUUGGAUGUAUGUUUCCAACGCCUGCUCAAAAGAGAGAAGGUUCUUCCUGGAACAUCAUUUUCUCUAGGGCCAUUGGAGUUGUGGAGUGAUGAUUUUGAGGGCAAAGGAGAGUUCAGCCAGUAUCGCUCUAGGCUGUUGGAGCUGGCCCGCUUUGUUGCUUCAGAUAAACCCCUUAUAGCUGCUAUAAAGGUUUCUGAGAGAAUUGCCACAAUCAUUAAGAGUCUCUUGCUUUCACCGAUGUCUGCUCAGGACAUUGCUGUGAUGGAAAGCAUGCCAAUGGCGUUAGAGAAUAUUGCAAGUGUGAUUUUUGAUGGAUCUAAUGAAUAUCUUGGGGGUAGUUCUGAAACUCAACUUGCGCUUUGCAGAAUAUUUGAAGGUUUGCUUCAGCAACUUCUUUGUUUGAAAUGGACUGAACCGGCACUUGUGGAAGUACUCGGGCACUAUUUAGAUGCAUUGGGUCUCUUCCUGAAAUAUUUUCCAGAAGGAGUUGGAAGUGUCAUCAAUAAACUGUUUGAGCUUCUGACUUCACUUCCUUUUGUUGUUAAGGAUCCUAAAACAAGUAGUGCCCGUUAUGCAAGGUUGCAGAUCUGUACAUCAUUUGUUCGGCUUGCCAAAUCGGCUGAAAAAAGUCUCCUGCCUCACAUGAAGGGGAUAGCUGACACCAUGGAUUAUCUGCAAAGAGAAGGCUGUUUGCUUCGUGCGGAGCAUAAUAUUCUUGGUGAAGCGUUUCUUGUCAUGGCUUCUGUUGCUGGGGUUCAACAGCAGCAAGAAGUUUUGGCGUGGUUACUUGAACCUUUGAGCAAACAGUGGAUACAGGUAGAAUGGCAACAAACUUAUUUAUCUGACCCAACAGGUCUUAUUCGCCUGUGUUCUGAGACAUCAUUUAUGUGGUCAAUUUUCCACACUGUGACAUUCUUUGAGAGGGCACUUAAGAGGAGUGGGAUUAGAAAAGGCAGUUUGAAUUCACAGAACAGUUCAACAGCAAGUUCUACUCCUUUGCAUCCGAUGUCUUCUCAUCUCUCAUGGAUGCUACCUCCUCUUCUGAAGCUGCUUCGUGCUAUACAUUCUCUUUGGUCUCCUCCUGUAAGUCAAUCAUUACCUGGGGAGAUAAAAGCUGCAAUGAUCAUGAGUGAGGUUGAACAAACUAGUCUUCUUGGGGAAGUGAACCCUAAAUUGUCAAAGAGUGUAGCAGGUUUUAUUGAUGGAUCUCAGAUUGACACGAAUAAGGAGUAUGCAGAAUCACAUGAAACUGACAUACGAAAUUGGUUGAAAGGCAUCAGAGAUAGUGGGUAUAAUGUAUUGGGCUUGUCAACGACCAUUGGUGAUUCCUUCUUCAAAUGCUUGGAUAUUAGUUCUCUUGCUAUAGCGCUAAUGGAGAAUAUACAAUCAAUGGAGUUCAGGCAUAUAAGGCAGCUCAUCCAUUCAGUUUUGAUUCCUUUGGUUAAAUUUUGCCCUUCGGAUUUGUGGGAGGAGUGGCUGGAAAAGCUCCUUCAUCCAUUAUUUAUUCAUUCUCAGCAAGCUCUUAGCUGCUCAUGGUCUUGUCUUCUACGUGAAGGGAGAGCCAGGGUUCCAGAUGUACAUGCCAUACUUGCUGGAUCAGACUUAAAAGUGGAAGUAAUGGAGGAAAAGCUACUUCGUGAUUUAACUCGUGAGAUAUGUGCACUUCUCUCAGUUUUAGCUUCACCAGGACUGAAUACUGGGCUUCCUUCUUUAGAACAGUCUGGGCAUGUCAGCCGUGGGGACAUGUUCCUCAAGGAUUUGGAUGCAUUUGCAUCAACCUCUAUGGUUGGUUUCCUUUUGAAGCAUAAGGGUCUGGCUCUUCCACUAUCGCAGAUAAGUUUAGAAGCUUUUACAUGGACGGAUGGUGAAGCUGUGACUAAAGUUUCUUCCUUUUGUGGAGUUGUGGUUCUUCUAGCUAUUUCAAGUUCCAAUGUAGAACUUCGGGAAUUUGUUGCUAAAGAUUUAUUUUAUGCAAUUAUCCAAGGUUUGGCCCUUGAGUCAAAUGCUUUUGUCAGUGCCGAUUUGGUUGGUCUCUGUCGUGAGAUCUUUGUGUAUCUUUCGGAUAGAGACCCAUCUCCACGGCAGGUUUUGCUGUCUCUCCCUUGCAUUACACCCUAUGAUUUGCUUGCUUUUGAAGAAGCUUUGGCAAAGACAUCUAGCCCUAAGGAGCAAAAACAGCAUAUGAAAAGCUUGCUUCUAUUAGCCACAGGAAACAAGUUAAAAGCACUUGCUGCUCAGAAAAGCAUGAAUGUGAUUACAAAUGUUUCAACAAGGCCUCGCAGUAUGGUUAAUGCUUCAGAACCCAGGAUUGAAGAAGGGGAUUCUGUGGGAUUAGCAGCCAUUUUGUAAGAUCUAUAGUAGUGAUCAUCAUAGAGUUCCUGUACAGAGUAAACUCAAAAGAAGAAUCAAAUCUUAUCUCAGAAAUACAGUGAAGGAGACCGCGUUUUACCCUGACCGGUGAGGACAUAGAAGGUUGAAUAGAAGUUACUCAUCUAAAACUCCAUUAUUCCUUGCCUCUCCCUUGUAAAUUAGGUUGGUUAUAUUUUUACAGUUUGGAUUUUUAUAUUUAUUUCAUUCUGUUAUGCAAAUUAAAAUAGACUCUUGAUCCUGUUCUAAAUUAACUAGUCAGUUCCAAAAACAGAAGCUGGCAACUGUUUUCCAGGAGUUGAAAUAGAUUUCUCUCAUUUUAAAUAUUUCCCA